AUGGAUCUCCCAACCGAAUUUUCCACCCUGCCUUCGGGCUGCGUCUCGCCUCCUUCCGAGGACGCGGUUGCCACUACCGUUACCAGUACGGACCUCGACACAGCUCUGAGCGCGCCCAGACGCCGCAGACGGCAUUCGUUCUUUAUCCCUCGCAGGAAAUCCAUCGUACACCAAAUCAUGGAUACCGAGGAGGGCUUAUUACUGAGGGUUUCCAUCUUCCUCACCGAGCUCGAACGACGACUCGAACAGAUUGAAAGCCAAGCGGAUCUGAAAGUGGACUUGAGCAUUUCCAAGGCUUUCUCGACGUUACAAGAGAUCCGGGCAAAAUGUUCCUUCGCCUCGGGAGAAGUCAUUGGUGCCGGUCGCAGGAGGCUGCACAUCAUGAUCGAGACGCUAGAAAGCCGAUACUAUGAAGGUCUAGCUGCCGCCGAGAGCCUCAACGAGAAGGCCUGUAUCGGCAUCGAGCUCCUCGAUAACAUGCUGACGGAAUUCGAGAACCGCGCCUACAAGCUGAGGGAACAGGGCCUCGCCAACGCCGCCGACACGGCGUCAGCGCUGCUCGACGAGGGAUGCCAAGUGAUGAACGAGGGUCUCGAGAGGGCGAAGGAGGUCAUGGAAGAAGGCAUGGAGCGUGCCAUCCGCGCCGCCGAAUCGUUGGAAGAGCACAUCCAGAUCGCCAUCAUCAGGGCGAGAGAGACACGGCUAAUCCAUUAUGACGACCUUCCAGUACCCUGGAGGAUCAACCCGCACAUCCGCCAGGGCUACCGAUUCAUCGAGUCCAAGACGGACUGCGUCUACUCAGCCUUCAGCAUCUCCAACGAGCUUGUCAACAUCUGGUCCCACGCCCUCGGCUUCAUCGUUGUUCUCUCUGUCGCCCUCUACUUCUACCCCACGAGUCCCAACUUUUCCACCAGCAGCAAGACGGACAUCCUGAUCGCCGCCGUCUUCUUUUUCACGGCUUGCCUCACCCUCGCUUGCUCCACGGUCUGGCACACCAUGAAUGCCGUCGCCGACAUUAACGCUAUUUCCCUUUUUGCCUGCGUCGACUACACAGGUAUCAGCGUCCUUAUCGCAGCCUCCAUCAUGACGACCGAAUGGACAGCCUUCUACUGCGACCCCUUCAGCCGCUGGGUCUACCUCAGCGUCACGGCCUUCCUUGGCAUCGGCGGUGUCAUCCUACCAUGGAACCCUCGCUUUAACGAGGCAAACAUGGCCUGGCUCCGCGUCGCAUUUUACGUUGGGCUCGGCGCCACAGGCUUCAUCCCUAUCCUCCAGCUCUACUUCAGUCACGGCCCCGAUUUUGUCUACGAGUUCUACUCGCCCAUCGCUAAGUCCAUCUUCGUCUACCUCGCCGGCGCCGUCGUGUACGCCAGCAAGGUCCCCGAGCGCUGGUGUCCCGGCAUGUUUGAUUAUGUUGGGGGCAGCCAUAACCUUUGGCAUUUGGCGGUCCUGGGGGGCAUUUUGUUCCAUUAUACUGCUAUGCAGGAGUUCUUCAGCAAUGCUUUCCAGAGGGCGCAGGGAGGCUGUCCGGUUUACUAA